CAGAAGGCUCCGCGGCCAGGAGGCCGCUUCCGGGCGUGCGUCCCGGCCCACCUCGGUGCCGGGGGACGCGGGAGCGCGGCCGCUGGUCCAGCGCGCGGAACGUGCGUGGCUUGAGUAACGCGGCUGACUGCUGUGGAUGUUGUCCUGGCGCGGACCCGGCGCUGUUCGUAAGCGCGUUUUCCACUCGCACUGCCUGUGGACCCACCAUGAGGCGCCUGGGCUCGGUGCAGCGGAAAAUGCCGUGUGUGUUUGUGACGGAGGUGAAAGAGGAGCCUUCCACCAAAAGGGAGCAUCAGCCAUUUAAAGUUUUGGCAACUGAAACGAUAAGUCACAAGGCAUUAGAUGCAGAUAUACACAGUGCAAUUCCAACAGAAAAAGUGGAUGGAACAUGUUGUUAUGUUACUACCUACAAAGGUCAGCCGUACCUUUGGGCUCGGCUAGAUAGAAAACCUAACAAACUAGCAGAGAAAAGGUUUAAAAAUUUUCUACAUUCAAAACAAAACUCAAAAGAAUUUUUUUGGAAUGUUGAGGAGGACUUCAAACCUGUUCCAGAGUGCUGGAUACCAGCGAAGGAAAUAGAACAAUUAAAUGGGAAUCCAAUGCCUGAUGAAAAUGGACACAUUCCUGGUUGGGUACCAGUGGAGAAAAACAACAAACAGUAUUGCUGGCAUUCCUCUGUAGUAAAUUAUGAAUUUGAAAUCGCCCUGGUACUGAGGCAUCAUUCUGAUGAUCCUGGUCUUUUGGAAAUUAGUGCAGUGCCACUCUCAGAUCUCUUAGAACAAACACUGGAGCUUAUAGGAACCAAUAUUAAUGGAAACCCAUAUGGGUUAGGAAGCAAGAAGCAUCCAUUACAUCUUCUUAUACCACAUGGAGCAUUUCAAAUAAGAAAUCUACCUACUUUGAAGCACAAUGAUCUGUUGUCCUGGUUUGAAGGUUGCAGAGAGGGUAAAAUUGAAGGAAUAGUGUGGCACUGCAGUGAUGGCUGUUUAAUCAAGGUCCAUCGCCAUCAUCUUGGUUUAUGCUGGCCAAUCCCAGAUACUUAUAUGAAUUCAAAACCAGUUAUUAUCAACAUGAAUCUGAACAAUUAUGUGUAUGCCUUUGAUGCUAAGUGUUUAUUUAAUCACUUUUCAAAAAUAGAUAAUCAGAAAUUUGGUAGGCUCAAAGAUAUAAUACUCAAUGUAUAAACUGGAAAUGCAAUUAAAAACCAGCUUCUUUGUUACUAUAUUUCAAUAUUGAAUACUCUGCCAUGUUUAGAAGGUAAAAAUAUCUCAGAGUUUCUAUUUAUUGUUCAGUGUCUAAUAUAGCAACAUGUCUUCUAGCAUUUGAAGAAAUGAAUUUCCCACCUGCAAAUAUCUAUUCAAAAUUUUAUUGAGAAACAGCAAGUGAGUUUUAACCUCUGGAAUUUAAAAUAUAAUAAUAAGCUGCCCAGCUUGUACAAAGGUUGGAUUCAGUCCAUUAUACAUGGGUGGUAGCAUAAAAGACAAACCAACAAUUCUGGACCAUUUACUUUAAAAAUUAAAUAGUUUUUAAGCUGAAUUUAAUAUUGUUAGACAUUUAAGAAAACUUACGGCUCAACUUCAUAAUGUAUUUUUAUCUAUAUAUACACACACACACACACACACAUAUAUAAUUUGAGAAUAUGUAAGUAUAUAUAAAACCCCAGUUUUAAAUGUUUAAGAAACUUAAAACAUUAUGAAUGUAUAGGAAUUCACCAUAGCUCACUGCCUAUUUGACAGAUAUAACUUAUCCUAAAAGUCUUCAAAAAUACACUUUUCUAAUAUGUUGAAAUUUUCAUAUAAUUUUAUUUACUAAAAAUUCCAGUUUAGGUAAAGGUACAAGGUAUUGGGAAGGAAAUCAUGUAGGUCAGAGACUUGCCUGAUUUCCAGAUGGAAUUUUAACUUAUAAAGUUAAUAAACAGUUAAAUAAAACUAUAGUUAGAGGUGGCCCUUAGUAUAUAGGGAAAUUAACAGGAUUUUCCUCCUCUUCAUCUUCAAACUGUUCAGAAGCAGCAACAGGACUAGUUAAUUCAACUCCAAAUUGUUCAGAGAGCUUUUUUAACUUCUCUUCUAAGAGAAUAUUUUUUUUCACUUCUUCUUUGUAAUUAUACUUCAGAUCUUCGAUUUCUUCAAAAAACGAAGGAUCAACAUUUUCCAGUUCUUUUUUCAGCUUUUUUAUUUCCUCCUAAUAAGAACAUAUUAUCUUUAAAAGGUAUAUAUAGGAAAAAAUACAUUCUUCUUUAGGUGUGAACUAAAGAGAUUUAAUUACAAACAUGAAAGCCAAAGUAACCUGAAUAGUCAAAUAUACGGCAGAAGUAUUUUCUUAAGAUUUUAUUAAUAAGGUUUCAUUGUACAGUGUAAGUAACUAACUUGUUAACUGUCAAAUUAUUUGUUCUCUAAGUAAGUUAUGCCCUGGUCUUGGACUAAAAUUUAUCAGCUCUUAAAUCAGAGGGGAUUUAAUCUUUCUCCAAAAUAAUAUUAAGAUACUCUCAGUGAGGCAAUCAAAAAACUUGGCUAUUCACAACAUGGAAGUUAUUUUGGUUAAGAUUCUUUGGUUAGGCUUUACUUGUAUUUUCUUUACAAAUAUCUAAUUUUCAAUGAAUAAUCGUCACUUGCUUUAAAUAUAUUUAUGAUCAGGUAAACUGUUGGGCUUCUGCCUGGCUAAAAGUUAGGCAUCUGGUAAAGAAACAAUUUGAGCUUUAAUGACCAUGUAGAAUAGCCAGUGAUCACUAGUGAAUUUUCAUAUUUAUGCUCUUUUGUUCUGUUUACAGAUUCUUAAAGAGAUAAAGCAUAUCAAAUAUCUUUCUUUAAGGGAACUAUUCCUGAAAAGAAUUUCAAAAGGAAAUAAAAGACACUGUUCCCAAUGUGACCCAAAACUUAGGAAAAUAUUACAAUAAUGAGCUAUAUUUGUGACAAUUAAAAAUAAUUUACUCUUUAA